AUGAGAAUAUUUCCGGCAUUACUAGUAGCCAGGCCCAAGCCGGUGGAGCCGGUCCCCCCCAAGCAAAUGUUGCCCCUGCAACUCAGGAACAAUGUUUCAGGGAAAGGUGGAAAGACAUCAGACGUGUGCUGCAUACACGAAAUGUCCAUAAUGUUCGCCUGCUUCAAAGAGAACGAGUUCAACCAACAGCUCUGUUCGAAGGAGAUCGAACGGUUCCAGAAAUGCUACAAGGACUUUACGCACGACAAGUUGAGGAAGGAGGAGAAAGAGGCGAAAGGCAUAUUAAUACCCGGAGAGAAAAAAAUGUCGCAUAAACAAAUAAAUUCCUUGCUUAGGAAAUACCCGAAUGUGAAAUGA